AUCUCGUUUUAUUGCUCGAGUUUCCGGAUGACACUCCUCAAGCCCAGCUCAGGACGCGCAGCACACGAGACCUUCUCCUCCGCACCACCACCGCCGCCUCCAGCAGCCGCAGCUCCGUCUCCCUUGUCCGACGGAAUGGUCGAUGUGGAGCUGCUCACCGUCCUGUUGCUCUCGAAACAUGAAGAAUUAGCGCUCGAGUCGCCCCUCGCUGCCAAAGACGCUCGAUUGCUGCUUGCAGCAUGCGAUUGGAACGUGGAUGUUGCUGCAGACUGGUUGCAGCGCUGGAACAAGGCGGCCAGAUUGUACGUCCUUCCUUCCAGCAUGGAAACCUCCGUUGGUGCCGAACAAGCGCCGAGCUCGACCUGGACCGGAUUGCAGGGUAUCAGCAACGCUGGCAACACUUGCUACAUUGAUGCUCUGCUCUUUGCCCUGUUUGCGCGUCAAGACACGUUCGAAGGCAUGUUGCAGCUUCCCAUCGCCAUACCCGCACCGCCACCAGAGAACUCCCGAAAUCCCUCAGCGUCGUCGAUCGACGCAAUGCGGAAACGCAGACAGCAAGCGUUGAGUAUCAAAGGCUUGCAGCAGUGGAUGGUCCUUGUGAUUAAUCUUCUCCGCAGCGGUGGCCUCGUUGGGGCGCCGUUCAUGCAAGAACUCCGUGUGCGUCUGGUUAGCUGUGGGUUUAUGCGAGACGCCCUCGAGUCUCAGCCGUCUGCCUCAGAAGUUGCGCAACGCGAGCACGACGAUCAUGAAAUGGCAUUACGAUUGCAAGCCCAGGAAUCCGCCUCGUUCUCCUCUUCUUCCUCCAACUCUUCCGCGUUCCCGCAGAGCCAGACCCACAGCUACGAAGACGAGAAGCGCCGCAUGGAGCAAAGAGACUUGGAGUUUGCCCGCUCGCUCCACCAACAAAUGAACGAAUCGGGUGCUGGCAGUGUUGGUAGCACCAUGCAACAGCCCUCAGCUCCCGGGGUGCGGCCGAGUGACGUCCCCGUGUUCCAUGACAUUGUCAAUGGUGCGAAUGCUGCGCUGCGGCCCGUGCAAAAUCAAAAUCAAAAUCAAAACUCGCUUCUUCCCACCGCGGAGCACUCUGCUCCCCGUCGUUCCGCCCCAGUCCCCGAAACCAUGCCGUUGACGCUCGACACCAUCGAGUGGACUUUUGAGCGAUUUGUUGCCGUGCUCGCUAUGCAUGCGCGUCCCGAAUUCUAUCACGAUCUUGUGGCGCCUUCGUCCCGGUCCGCCUCACCUCCGUCCGCACCGCACUCGUACUCGGCGCCUGCGUCACAUCGCCCCCAAGGGGCAGAUGCAGACGUGGAGGCCAGACUCGCCGAGUUGGUUGUCACCCUGGAACACUCCAACAGGCUCGUGUCGUCGGGGCAGCAAGAUACUGCAGAGCUGUUUUACUUCCUCACCGACCUGUUCAACUUGCCUCAAAUUGCCAUCGACCAAGUGUUGCAUCAUCGUGGUGUGCAAGAGCCAGGCGACGAGCGAGUUGAAUUGCAGCGCAUGGUGCCGGUUGCGGUGGUGGACUCGCUCUCGCUCAAAUCGCCCGCCGAGCAGGAGAGCCAGUCGGUCGGCCUUACCACGCUGUUGGACAAUUACCUGCGCGUAGAAGAAGUCUUUGUCGAGCGCUCGGUUCCGCGCAACCCAGACCACAAUCCGAUUCCGCCUCGUGACCGCCUUGUCAACAUUCACGACCACCAUGAUGACAUUGACCCGGCUGACGGCUUCCACGCAUUCGAAGCUACGUCCCCGUUCCCUGACCUUCAGAGCCAGCACUGGGUCGAAGUGACACAGGCGCCUGGGCUUGGCAAGAAAAUGGGAGCCUUCGACGCCGAGUGGCAACAUGUGCACCAGCGAGACAUUGCCAGCGACGACCCGUUCGAGUCGCCUCCCGUACUCGAUCCCCACACGACAGAGUCCGUGCCGGCCAAUCUCCACCUGAAAUUCAUUGGCGGCUACACGACGGCGCUCAGCCAAGGGCAUCGGCGGGCUUCGCAACUGUCGACACAGCUCAGCCAGCAACCGCAGUCCCCCGGCAGCAUCCUGAACGCAAUGUCUGGUGCUACCGGUGGUGGUGGUGGCAAUGGCAUUGUUGGUCCAGGUACCGCGCAUCUGUUUUCGCGCCCAAUCUUCCCCGUUCAACUCAAGCGGUACUGGUACGAUCGCGCCAACAACUGCCUGCGCAAAAGCCACCGACCAGUGCAGUUGCAAACGAUGGUUGACUUGACCACUCUGUUUGCUGAAGAAAAAGGCGGGAAUCUGGCAACGCGAGCGCGACUGGUCGCUAUCGUGUGCCAUCGCGGCGAGACGUCGACCAGUGGCCACUAUGUGACCUAUGCUGCCAACGAGUACGAUGACUGGGUGCUGUUUGAUGACACCAACACGCCGACGGUGGUGGCCUGCCCAGAGCUGUUCUGGUCCAACUCGUCCUCAUCAUCCCCCAGCACUCGCGUGCACAUGGACCGCAUUGUGCGCGAAAGCUAUCUGCUCUUCUAUGAGCUCUGCACGCAAGAGGAGAGCGACCAACAUGUCCAGACCGUGGCGGCGCAUCGCGAGCAGAUGCGACAAGUGCAACUUGCAGAGGAGCGUCGUCAACAACAGCAGCACGAGCAGCAGCAGCAGCUCAACAAGAUCGCCUCGCACGACAAGGACCAUCACCACGACAAACACAGGCACCUGCUUCCGUGGCACAGCCACAGUCGCAAACACAGCAAGGAACGAAACGAAGUAGUGUUGGAAGGCGCCUCGAGCCACUUAUCUCAAGUUGAGCGAGACCAUCAAAUGGCAUUACAGCUGCAAGAGGCCGCUUAUCGCGAGCACGACAACGACCACCAUCACUGUCGAUCUCAAUGAAAACCUCGUUUGAAACAGCGUGUUUGAUCCAAUACAACAAUUUUCCCCG